AUCAUCAGUCGAUCAGCGCGACAUAAAAAGCUCAGAGUUCCUCUGAACGUCCUGCAGGACUCCAUCAGGAAUCAGCCAGAACCUCUGAGAUCCGCAGCAGAGAUCCGUUCUGCCUGCAGGAUGGCGUCUGUCUGCCCCCCGGCAGGAAACUGCACAGAUCACCAAAAGCACCUCGGGAUGCUCGUCCACCUCCGGGGACCCGUUUCCACCCACCGCACCCUGCAGCAGCUGCGCUCGUUCCCUACUGUGGACGUUCCUGCGCAUGCCCAUUACAUCAUCGGCUGUGUGAUCCUGUUGGUGGGAGUGACGGGCAUGUUGGGGAACGCUCUGGUCAUCUACGUGUUCUGUCGUAGCAAGACCCUGCGGACACCCAGCAACCUGCUGGUGGUCAACCUGGCGGUGGCGGACUUCCUGAUGUCGGUGACGCAGUCUCCGGUCUUCUUCGUGGCCAGCCUGCACCGCCGCUGGGUGUUCGGAGAGUUUGCCUGCGAGCUCUAUGCCUUCUGCGGCGCUCUGUUCGGCAUCGCGUCCAUGAUGACGCUCACGGCCAUCGCUGGGGACCGCUGCCUGGCCAUCACGCGGCCGCUGGCGCUGCUGGGCGGAGUGAGCCGCCAGCGGCUCUUCGUGGUGGCCGUGGGGGUGUGGGUGUACUCGCUGGGCUGGAGUCUGCCGCCGUUCUUUGGGUGGAGUGCCUACGUCCCUGAGGGUCUACAGACGUCCUGCAGCUGGGAUUACAUGAGCUUCACGGUCACGGUGCGCAGCUACACCAUCCUGCUCUUCAUCUUCGUCUUCUUCAUCCCCCUGGCUGUCAUCGGGACCUGCUACCUGGCCAUCUUCAGGGCCGUGCGACGGGCGGCUCAGGAAGUGAAGAGGCUGAGCAGUGGAGAGACCACCAAGGCGUAUGAGCGGCUGCGCGGCGAGUGGCGGAUGGCCAGAGUGGCUCUGGGAGUGAUUCUGCUCUUCAUCGUGUCCUGGUCGCCGUACUCUGCCGUUGCUUUGACCGCCACCGCUGGCUACGCCCACCUGCUGACCCCCUACAUGAACUCAAUACCUGCAAUCAUCGCCAAGGCCUCCGCCAUCCACAACCCCAUCAUCUAUGCCGUCACACAUCCAAAGUAUCGUGCUGCCAUUGGUCGACACUUUCCGCUGUUGCGUGCUGUGCUGCGGCUGCAGGAAAAGGAUCUGCACUCAUCGUUCAGCUCCAGCACCGCCUCGUCUCGCCGCACGACGCUCAGCGGUUCACCCGGGGUCCGGCUGGGCGCCGGGGUGCGAAACAACGGACGCUGGAGGCAGAGCCGGAUGUCCUCAGCUUCUGACAGCGACUCCUGCUGGACGGAAAGCGAAGCUGACUGCUCCAGUGCUGCAUCAACAGCCAUCAACCACCGUACAUCCACCCAGGUGUCAGCUGAGCUGUCUGACCCCGCCCACAUGAGCCAGCUGACUGAGUCUGGACCCACAGACAGCGACUCACCUGAAGGGGGCGCUGCCAUGGCGGCAAAACCUCUGCUGGCUCCUAUAUAAUGGCACCGCCCCGUGAAGUCAUAGCUCCGCCCAUCUUCAACACCAUAUUUCUGGCCUUUUUUUUUUCUUUUAUUCAAAUUUAUUAAUAAAGACAACACCUGGUGGCAUUUCACAGGUAAAACCAA